AUGGGAUCUUCUUCGGUGUUAGGGGAGCGAUUACAGUAUCCGACAGCACGGCGUGAUGAUUCCGUCGUCGAGGAUUUUCACGGCGUCAAAAUCGGAGAUCCGUAUCGUUGGUUAGAGGAUCCUGAUGCUGAAGAAGUGAAGGAGUUUGUCCAGAACCAAGUGAAAUUGACAGAUUCUGUGCUUGAAAAGUGUGAAACGAAGGAAAAGCUUCGUCAGAAUAUAACAACACUUAUUGAUCAUCCGCGUUACGAUUUGCUGUUCAGGCGAGGGGAUAAGUACUUUUACCUCCAUAACACCGGUCUACAAGCCCAUAGUGUGCUUUAUAUGCAGGAUGAUUUGGAUGCUGAGCCAGAGGUCUUGCUUGAUCCGAACACUCUUAGCGAUGAUGGAACAGUAUCCUUGAACACGCUUUCUGUCAGCGAGGAUGCUAAGUACUUGGCCUAUGGUCUUAGUUCAAGUGGUAGCGACUGGGUGACGAUUAAGGUGAUGAAGAUUGAGGAUAAGAAAGUGGAGCCUGAUACUUUAUCAUGGGUUAAGUUUAGUGGGAUUACAUGGACACAUAACAGUAAAGGAUUUUUCUAUGGUCGCUACCCAGCUCCCAAGGAGGGAGAGGAUAUCGAUGCUGGUACUGAGACUAAUUCUAACCUUUACCAUGAGCUAUAUUACCAUUUCCUUGGAACGGAUCAAUCUCAAGAUAUCUUAUGCUGGAGAGAUCAUGAGAAUCCCAAGUAUAUGUUUGGAGCUGAAGUCACGGACGAUGGGAAGUACCUAAUCAUGAGCAUUGGAGAGGGUUGUGACCCUGUCAACAAAUUAUACUACUACGAUCUGUCUUCACUUUCAGGAGGUCUUGAGAGUUUCCGAGGAAGCAGCAGUUUUCUUCCAUUCGUUAAGCUUGUUGACACAUUUGACGCGCAAUACAGUGUUAUCUCAAAUGAUGAGAGUCUGUUUACUUUCAUGACAAACAAAGAUGCCCCAAAGUACAAAUUAGUCCGGGUUGAUCUAAAGGAACCAAACAAUUGGACUGAUGUUGUUGAAGAACAUGAGAAGGAUGUCCUAGCAUCAGCUUGUGCAGUCAAUGGGAAUCAACUGGUCGCAUGCUACAUGAGCGAUGUGAAGCACAUUCUGCAAAUUAGGGACUUGAAAUCUGGUUCCUUGCUUCACCAGUUACCGGUAGAUAUUGGUUCAGUAUCUGAUGUUUCUGCUCGGCGCAAGGACAACACUUUUUUCUUUAGCUUUACUAGCUUCCUCACUCCCGGUGUGAUUUACAAGUGUGACUUAUCCAAUGAAUCUCCUGAAGUUAAGGUAUUCCGUGAAGUUGCUGUACCCGGAUUUGACAGGGAAGCAUUUCAAGCCACUCAGGUUUUCUACCCUAGUAAGGAUGGAACUAAGAUACCAAUGUUUAUUGUGGCUAAAAAGGAUAUUAAGUUAGAUGGAUCGCACCCAUGUUUGCUCUAUGCAUAUGGUGGGUUUAACAUAAGUAUUACACCGUCUUUCAGUGCCAGCCGCAUUGUGCUUAGCAAGCAUCUGGGUGUUGUUUUCUGCUUUGCAAACAUUCGCGGUGGUGGGGAGUAUGGUGAGGAAUGGCACAAAGGGGGUGCACUUGCCAAAAAGCAGAACUGUUUCGAUGACUUCAUUUCUGGGGCAGAGUAUCUCGUGUCCGCUGGUUACACACAACCGAGCAAGCUGUGUAUCGAAGGUGGCAGUAAUGGUGGACUCCUGAUCGGUGCCUGCAUUAAUCAGAGACCAGACCUUUUUGGUUGUGCUUUGGCUCACGUUGGCGUCAUGGACAUGCUACGGUUUCACAAGUUCACCAUAGGCCAUGCCUGGACUUCUGAAUUCGGUUGCUCCGAGAAUGAAGAGGAGUUUCAUUGGCUGAUAAAGUACUCGCCUCUGCACAAUGUGAAGAGGCCAUGGGAGAAACAAACCGACAAUUUCGUUCAGUACCCAUCAACCAUGUUACUAACAGCUGAUCACGAUGACAGAGUUGUGCCGCUUCACUCUUUGAAGUUGCUUGCGACGAUGCAGCACGUGUUGUGUACAAGCUUAGAGAAUAGUCCACAGACAAACCCCAUAAUUGGUCGUAUCGAAGUUAAGGCCGGCCAUGGAGCUGGUCGCCCAACCCAAAAGACGAUUGAUGAAGCGGCUGAUCGGUAUUCGUUCAUGGCAAAGAUGGUGAAUGCUUCAUGGACCGAGUAA